UUUUUACAGCUUUUUAUCAAUAAUGAAUAUGUGGACUCUGUUAGUGGAAAGACAUUUGCUACCAUAAAUCCAGUGACAGAGGAAAAGAUCUGUGAUGUGGCUGAGGGUGACAAAGUAAGUCUAUUAAAAAAUUUAGUGUCAAAUAACGUAGAUUGAUUGUCAAUUUCAUUUGUCCCCUAGCCUGAAGAGAUUAACCCAUUCGCUCCUGGAGAUUUUGCCGAAAAACGCGUUUUGAAGCUAGUCGAGUGGUUUUCUGGUCACUGUCGUGCUAUAAAGAGCUAAAACUUACCACAAACUGGUUUACAGGUCAAACACUUCACGGCCUUCUGAUCCAGAUGCAAAAUAUCAGCUUGCGAAGUUCGGGCAUGCGCAGAAAGCAAAAUUUCGACAUAGUUUUUGGGUUUAAAAGUGACACAGCAGUCUUGACUUUUACUUUUCGCUUUCUCUCCUCCCUUCUUUUUUUGCUUUUCUUGCCUCAUUUUUUUUUUCUCUUGCUGGGCAUUUGAAGUAGGCUUGAUUUUGGUGGGAAGAGUUUUUAGGAAAGCUUUUAGGAUCUUAGGAUUAGGCAAAGGGAAAGGUAGGUGGGUAAUGGAACAAGAUUUUCAUGGAGAUUUUCAGGUCAAUGUCACGUGGUUUUUUGCUUGUUUCUCCGGUGCCCUUGACUGAAUUGUGCUCAUUCUGGUAUGGUUUGAAAGAUCUCUUCACUCUGCACAAGUUAGUGAAGAAAGUUGUCCUUGACCGUUAAAACUGAUGACGUCACAAUGGGUAGAAAGGACCUGGAUCCGCACGGGCGGUUACGGGCGGUUCAGGGGCGAAUGGGUUAAACAACAUCAGAAUCAACCUAGGUUAAAAGAUUUUAACCUGAAAUCAAAUUUGAUUUGUACCAAGUACAUAAUGGCAUUCAACUCCCUUUAAAGAGGUCGCUUUAGGGACCUCGAGUUAGUGUUGUCAUUAGUGAAAGUCUGGGAUUUAGCUGCUGUUCGUAUUAUUGGGGUUUUAUCAAAGUGAGAUGUCGGCAAGGUGAGAGUUGAGAGUAGUCAUAAUGAGGAAAAGGAUAUUAAUAAUUAUUAUGAUGGCUGGUGGAAAAAGAAAGAAACAACAGUGCUGUAGUUUAUGUUUUGGAGCUGCCAGACUGUCUAAAUUUGCAUUAUUUUGUUUACUUUGUGACUGAUUACAUUGAUGGUAUUGAGUAUUGUACUUGAUGAGGGGUGAAAAAGCAAGCAAAAGCAUAGUAUUUUAUAAAAUAACUAAGAUAGUAUGCGUGCUCUGAUUAGCUGAGAGGUGUGUUUGCAUUAGAGUAUGUAAACACAGUUGUGAUGUCAAGAUGUUUUGCCUUCCAUGCACUAAUAUCUUGCAAGCACUAUUUGAAAAAAGUUUUGAGUUUAAAACUUGACAAGUUUACUUUGCUUACCUCAUUUCCUCCUUGGCUGAAACUUGAGAAAUCUGUAGAAACAUACUGUAUCAAUUUUUUUCGCUUUAACUGACUUUUAGGUGAGAAAAAUCUGUAUUUUGGAAAGCAUCUUUUUUGCAAAACAAAAACUAAUUACGCACACAAAACUUUGUGUACAAUGCUUUAGGACUGGUCAGAAUUUCUCUCCUAAUCAGUGCCAAAAGUUGGAAAAGUUAUGUUAUAAAAACAACAGAAAACUGUUUUACUGCAUGUGCCUAGCCUGAUAUAAACACUCAAGGGGUUGGUAGAAUUCUGAAUAGUUAUGCAAACCCUCGAUUUUGUCUUGGGUUUGCAUUUAAAAUUGUCUCAAAUUCUCCCAACACCCUGUCGUAUUUAUAUCAGGCUAUGCAACUAGGAAAAUGUUUUCCAUUGCUUAAAUAAAUGGGAAAGGAAGUAUGACUGAUUUAUAAAAGGGUCUCAAAUAGUGUUAUUUAACUAGAAGGGUCUUGUCAAUCCUUGCUCUCAGUGGUUUUCAUUGGCUAAUCCUGUUGAAUCCUAGACAUGAGGUUUUAACCUGCCUUGCUGUGGGGCAUUUUUUUUUAUGUUCCAGGCUGAUGUUGACAAGGCUGUGCAGGCAGCUGCUUCAGCUUUUAAACUUGGAAGUCCUUGGAGAACAAUGGAUGCUUCUGAAAGGGGUAGAUUGCUGUAUAAACUUGCAGACCUGGUAGAGCGAGAUUUGGACUAUCUAGCUGUAAGUAUUAAGUUAUACCUAAUAUGGUAAUGCUAAGCACAUUCGCAGGCACUGUUGUAAGAGGCAGAAAUCGGAGACUUGCUUAACUUUUCAUAUUACAUGUAUGAGAAAUGUUACUGAACGAAAACAUUACAUUCUUCUAAAUUCAGUCUUUUUUUGAUCAAGUCUCUGGAGACACUAGACAGUGGCAAACUGUUUGCAGAUUCUGUAGAUGAUAUGGAUUUGACUGUGAAGGGCUUCAGAUACUAUGCUGGAUGGGCUGAUAAGAUAUCAGGGAAGACAAUAUCUGCAGGUCAGUGGAAAUUGUUUAAGUAGAUAAAUUCUAUUUUUACUGACAUACAUCUACAUACCCUGUCAUGAUCAUCAUUCUUGCUGUUCGCACAGGGCAGCCACCUAUUUUUGUCUCGAGAGCAUCUGAGAUCUCAAUUUGUGUGGAAGUUUAUUUGGAAGUUUGUUUAGCUGUUUGUUAGCAGUUCCCAGUCCCCACCGUGUAGCACCUUAUGAAGCGAAGUGAAAUAGCAGCCAAAAUUUUAUCAGAAUUUUGUGAGGGCUAAGAAAGUCUAUGACUCUCUCUGAAAACGUUUAAAAGGAAAUAUGGCGAUAAACUUGUUACAGAGUUUGUUUAAUAGCACUCUUGCGACCUCUUGGUUAUGUGAUAUCCACAACUGAGAUACUUAACAAUAAUGAAUGAGGCUGAGUAUCUUUUGAAGAAUUACGGAGAUCGAGGAGGGUGUUAUCCGUUGAGACCAUAGGCCGAGGCGGAUAACACCCUCAGAGAUCUCCAUAAUUCUUCAUGAUAUGAAAGCCGAAUUCAUUUGUUUUAUUAUUCACUCAAAAUAAUUCCUAGUUUAAAAACAUGGCUAACACAUGCUUACCUCCAUCGAUCCAUCGAUGUUAAGUUCAUCUUCGAUAGUGCAUGUUUAGGGUUGUUCAGCUCCGCAAAUAUUCUCCAAAUAGCAGAUGUCACCCUUCAAGUUGUCUUCUUGCUGUUCUUGCCAUGUUUUUAGUUAUUUUUUUGUCUUGUUCUUACUUUUGAAACGAGUGAAAUGUCCGCCAUUUUUCACAACCAAAACAACUCAACCUCGUUCCCAAGUCUUCUCAGUUAACGGUGCAUUAACCUGCAAGAAUGCUGCAUUUUUUACGUCAUUUCCUUGCUAAACACAAAAUCCUUCCAAAUUUGGUUAUCAGUAACUGGUUAUGGUGAAUUAAACAUGUGCUCUUAGUCAAUUAGAAUCGGGCAAAUAUUUUGAAUGAAUAAUAAAAUAGAUUAUUUACUACUGGUCUAAGCCCUUGAUCUUUCUACAUGGGGCAGCACUUCCCUUCCAUUAUGGAACCUCUAGUUUAUUUCCAGCUCGUGAAAGUAUGAAUACAGUUGAGUCUUUAUGCAAGACCAACUUUCCGAUUAGACCACCUCCCAUCAAUGACCACCUAUCCAUCAUCAUCCUCAUUGUCAUGGUCAUGGUCAUCAGUCCUUUUGAAUCUUGACAAAACAUAGGUCCUCCACUAAUGCCCACCAUCUGCCUCUAUUUUGAGCAGUGACUUUUGCCUCCCACCAAACAUGCAGUACAUAUACUGUAUCAGUCCUCUCUUCUCAAGUUCUGAAGAAUUGCAUUGGGUUUUCUUUUUCAUUAUUUCCCUGCUGGUUCAUUUCCAGGGCUGUCUUGGCCACAGGUCCUUCUGGUCUCCUCAGUAUGGAUCCAUCGCCUUUAAGUUGUUCUUUUGCCUCCUCCUCUAUCUGGCGUUGCCUGUCUCCAACAUUCAUUUCAAAUUUCUUUGGGUCACCAAAUCUGCAGGAUGCUCCUUAGGCACUUGUUAACCCAUUUGUCCCUGAACUGCCCAUGUGAACCCAUGUCCUUCUUUGUACAGCUUGUGAGAUCAUCAGUAAAAACUCAAUGACAACGUUGUCAUCUAACGUCUGCAGGGGAAUCUUUCAAAUCAUGCAAGGAAUUAAAGACAAAAAAUCAUGUAACACAAAAAUCAAAUUAUCAAACUCAAAAAUCAAACUCCUGAACUGUCUGCCUUAUAUUUUGCAGAUGGUCCAUACUUUGUGUACACAAGACAUGAGCCUGUGGGUGUUGUAGGAGCUAUCACUGCUUGGAACUUCCCUCUUAACAUAGCUGGCGUGAAGCUUGCUCCAGCUCUGGCUUGUGGCAAUGUUGUCAUACUUAAACCAGCAGAGCAAACUCCACUAACAGCCCUCUACAUUGGGUCUCUUUUCAAAGAGGUAAUUUGAUAUUGUGCUGCUCUUAACUUAAAAAUAAUAAUUAAGUAGUAAUAAAAAUGCCAAGUCAAAUCUCACGUUGACACCAAAUAACCUAGAUAAUACUAUGCUCUAGUCCUUCUAUUGAGCGCUCUGCCGAUAGGCGUGCAUAUGUAUCAACUGGUAUAAAAAUAAUAAUUAAAUUAUUGAUCAUUGCAAACAAUAUAUAUUUUUAAUUCUUGAAUGGACCAAAAAAAAAUAGAAAAUAACCCAUGGGAUUGCCUAGAUAUGGAAUUUCCCUUCAAGUGUUUCAUGGAUGACAUGCAGUCAAACCUGUAAUAAGUGAACCUGUAUUAAUUAGAUGGACACCCUCUACUAAGUGGUCACUUACCAAAGCCCUGGAGAACAUUUCCCGUAAUCACAGUACAUUUACUGACUUGUAUGUUAAGUGGUCACCUCUAUUAAGGGGUUGCAGUUACCUUUUCUAAGGUCACAACAAGUUAUUUUUUAUUGUCUUCACCUCUAUUAACGUUCACUUUGUUAAGAUCCAUACCACUUUACAACAGAUACACAAGACAGUUUAAGGUUUCAUUUCUUUGUGAAAGAAAAAUAUUGUUUUGUUAUGCAAGAAAAGGGUCACAAAUCAAACCAACAUGGAAAGUGGACGUUUACAAAGUCCACUUACCAUGUCCACUUAGUCUUGAGCUCUUUAAGAAUUUCAAUAAUAAUGUUGCAAAGUAUCUAGAGGACUUUUCUGGUGUUACACAGGCAGUAUAGUGCGGGUAGUGAUGCUAAGCAGUUUAAAGUACAUAUUAUAUAUAGUUGAACCUCGAUUAUCUGAACUCGUUGGGACUUGAGUUAAUAGUCUGGAUAACCGAGAGUUAAUCAUUGCGACAAAAAUGUAAUCAUAGGGAAUAAAGACAACAAAAUUUAAAUGUAAAUUAGCUCUUACUUGAAUUUAUGUAUGGACUGUAAGUAUAUAAUAUAUUUUCAGUUCUUCGCUCAUCCCGACGCUGUCGGUGAAUUUCAGGAUCUUCUCUUAGUUUUUGCGUAUAUGUGAGGUCUGGUACUUGCUGAUUUUAAACUUGAGUACUAAAUUUGUUCCUCUUUCGCCUUUCUCCAAACCUGAAAUAAUCAUUUGCUUAUCCUUUAUCGAGAGAACGGACUGCUUUCAUUGCAUAGACAUUGCUGUGAUUUGAGUGUUUGAUCGAUUGGUCUUGUUGUUACAUAAGCAACCUAACAAUUAAGCCAAUCAGAUUUCAGCUGAAUGCAUCAGAAUAAUUGUUGAUCUCAUGCGCUUGCGCUUUUUCAAAGCGAAACUGAUUAAAACAGCGUUUUAAACACACGUUUGGAAGAAUUAAUAAACUUUUAAUUAUUUUUUCAGUUUUUCAAGAUCAUAUCUUAUUAACGUUCAUGAAUAAAACAGGACCUGGGAAACAAGUCUGGAUAACUGAAGUUCGAUCAUAGUGAAAAGUGGAACUACAAUAUAUUGUAUUGUGUCACUUAAAUAAUUUUCUGUAUAUUAUUGUAGGCUGGCUUUCCACCUGGUGUGGUGAAUAUCAUCCCUGGUUAUGGUCCCACUGCAGGUGCUGCCAUAUCUGAACACAUGGACAUCAACAAAGUGUCAUUCACUGGCUCAACAGAGGUGCUUCUUAGUAUUUUAUUUAAAAAACUGACUGGAUUAAACUAUAAAAAUUAGCAUUAAAAAACACUUUGACUGCCUAAUGUUCAUUUUUUUCUAACUCCUAAAAAAACACCUUCAUUUCAAACGUACGGACAGGAGGUGGGGAGUGGGUGGGUUUUUAGGGUGUUUAGCAUAAUGAGGAGGGAAAUGCACCUUGCUCCCAAAAGAUUUACACACUGGCCUCCACCCCCUGGGUACUUUUAAAAGUAAUUGCUGAAUUGUGACAAUCUUGUGGGAAUAUAGGGGGCUAUGAACAGUCCAAUGCUGAUUUCAAUAAUUUUCUUGCGUUGCUGCCAUAUGUGGUUGCGUUUUUGUUUCAGGUUCUCUCCCUUGCUUUGAGAGGUGUUUUUCGGGUUUUUGGGUUUUCCCCUCUCCUUACAAACCAACACUUCCAAAUUCCAAUCAAUCUUGAAGGAAUGGACACAUUUCAGUGAGUUCUAAAGAACUCCUAAGUGCUCCAUGGGAAAACAAAUUACAGAUUUGCAAUAACAAUUGUUCAUUGUUUGUAACUAUUUAAGGUUGGUAGAUUAAUACAAGCUGCUUCUGCGAAAUCCAAUCUAAAGCGUGUGACACUGGAGCUGGGAGGAAAGAGCCCUAACAUAGUGUUUGCUGACAGUGAUUUGGACUAUGCAGUGGAGUAUUCCCAUGCCGCUGUGUUUUUCAAUCAAGGACAGUGCUGCAGUGCAGGCACCCGUACAUUUGUACAGGACACCAUUUAUGAUGAGUUUGUCAAGAGGAGUGUGCUCAGAGCUCAGAAAAGGACAGUCGGUGAUCCAUUUAAUGAAGAAAUUGAGCAAGGGCCUCAGGUAAAAAAAAUUUUUCAACAAAUGAUAAAUCAUCAACUCUUUAUUUAAUUUGCAUUUUCAACCUGAAAAAUAAAAAAUCUUGAUUGGCACUGGAAACCUGAACUUUUUCAUUACCUAUUAAUGGUUAGCCUGCGUAGCUGGCGGUAUUUUGUAGUAGUCGAGUGAGAUUUGGCGGCGGAGCCGUUGUAAUGUAUUCGAGUGAGAUUUGAUGGCAGAGCCGUCACGAGCGGCGAAGCCGCGAGAAAUACCGCCUGCCAGAGAACCAUGAUUUUUCGAAUGCCGCCCACUUUUGUCACCUUAGCUGAUCCCAAUUAAAUCAGCAAUUUGAAACUUCCGAUUAUUUUCACGCGAGACAGUUUAGAAAUAAGCGUUGACAGGCUUAACACGACUCCUAAGCUCGUGAUAAUGUGAAACAUGACCUUGUGAGUUUGGUUGAACCGAGGUUUUUUUAUUUUCUCAGCUCUCGCGCGAAGGUUACUAGCAUUACACAGUGCAUGUAUCAUUCUAAACUUUGACUGAGUAAAUCUUUUUUUGCCACACUAGUCUUAACAUUAUAAGGUCAUGAAGCUGGUUUGUUACAUGCAUACUGAGUAACCAUUUCCUGUGGUUUAUUCUUCUGUAGGUGUUCCUGAUAGGAUUUGAUCUCAGAUGCAGUUGUAAAGUGUUCUAAUUUUCUUUGACCUUUGUUUCUUACGGCUAAAUAAAGACAAUUCCAGCGCUGUGAAGUUUAAAGACGCCAUUUCGGCUAUUUGGUCAUCAAUUAUGCUGUUUUAAAGGGGAAACCACAAUCACUUACGUUUUCCAGUUUGCCAUCUGCUCUCUUAAUUGGGAAAUAUAUACAAAGGAUCAUCUAACAUGAUUGACAUAUGUAUGGUCCUCGACCAAUCCGUUUCCCCGCACACUGGUGUGCGGACUAUUCAAAAUACCGGGGUUUUCUUGCAGGCGGUAUUUCAACCGCCUCGUCCCUACUCCCUUUUUUUGGAACACGGCUCCGUCACCAAAACUUUAAUCUCGCACCCACACAAUACCGCCAGCUACGCAGGCUAAUUAAUGGUUUAACUGUCUAUUCCAAUAUUUCUUGCAAAAAAGAAAAAAACUGAAGAGCCAAUAACAUUCAAUUUGAAAAAGUAGCUAAUCAUUUUCAUUAGUUUUAUAAAAGAAAAAACUAGUCAGUUUAGUCCUGUAGUGAAGCUGCAUGUGCAUACAGCUUCGCAUUUUUUUCCUGGCAGUGUUCAACUAAUACAUACUUUACUGUGUCACUCAAAUUAAAAUUUGUCUUUGUCCUUCAGGUGGAUAAAGAACAGUUUGAUAAAAUUCUGGAGUUGAUUGAAAGUGGCAAGAAAGAAGGUGCAAAGCUGGAAUGUGGUGGUGGUCGUCAUGGAGACAAGGGAUAUUUCAUACAACCCACUGUUUUCUCAGAUGUCAAAGAUGACAUGAGGAUUGCUAAGGAAGAGGUACUUACCUCCUUGAUUCUGUCUGAAGUCAAUGUACUGCCAGCUAAAUUCUAACCACAGGGUUCUUGACAUUAAGUUUUCAAGUAGAAAAAACUAGGAUGUAAAAUCAGGUGGCUUGGCAAUCAAGUGCUGUAGGCAAUUUCAGGCUUUCACUCCCUCACUUUACUCAUAAUUUUUUCCCUCAAAAACAGAUGGCUCAGACCUCAAGAAGUAGCCAGUUUUUUUUAGCCGGUUGAUGGCACUUAAGGUAUUCAAAUCUGCUCUAAACCCUUCCAUUUGAAAAGUUUAUUUCUCAAAUAAUAAAGAUGCGACAAGAUUUUAUUCAGUGGCAGCUAGUUUUUGCACCAGGUUACCAGUAAGCCCUUGCGAUGUUUUAGUGUGGAUUAAAAUUUCUUAUUUUACUCCAUGAUGCCCAUUGAGUUUAAUUCUUAUCACUAAAAUAUGCGGUGGUCUUCUUAUCCUCUUAUUUCAGGAUCUGGAAGAUCAUUAUAGGUUUUCACUUACUUGAAGAAUGAAUAAUGGAUCUUCCACUGGUUACCUUACAUUAAAAAUAUUAUUGUUAGAAUCAGAUAGUGAUCAGACACAGUUCUUGUUCUUUCUUGGUUUCAGAUUUUUGGCCCAGUACAGCAGAUAAUAAAAUUCGGUGACAUAAGUGAGGUUAUUGACAGGGCAAAUAACACAACUUAUGGACUGGCAGCUGGAGUAUUUACCAAGGAUGUAGACAAAGCAACAACCAUUUCCCACAGUUUGCGUGCUGGGACAGUGUGGUAA